AUGGUGACGUCAGGCAGCGACGUGCCGACGGCAAGGGCGGCCGUGGCGUGGAACGAUCUGACCGAGGCGCGUGAUGGCGCUGCGAGGCUCAGGAACUUCCUGCCGCAGCUAGACGUCCAGCGCGCGGUGUGGGCGCAGCUGGAGAUCGACGACGUCCAGACCAAGCUGUCGAGCGCGAUGUCGGCAUUGGAUGUGAGCGCCAGGUCGGACGGUGCGAGGCCACAACAGUCGGGGAGCUCGUGCGGGAACAAGAGGAAACAAAGUUCCAGCAAAAGGUGA